AUGCGUGCGCACAGUGAUGAUGAAGAAGACAGCGAUUCAGCAGGACAAAAAAGUGUUGAAGUAACUGGGGAAAAAUCACAACAGGUUAUUCAAGCUGGUGAGGAAGUUUCGCUCAAGAGUAAUUAUUAUAAAAAAAACAUGAAAAUGGGCGUACUUUUUGCAUUAUUUGUAUUGUUGUUAUCAAUUUACUUGCACAAAAAUCCUCAUGGCUUUUGCCUAGAUAGUGAAUUUAGCAAGAAUAUUUCAGGGAUUGGCCUAGCUCUCAAGGCUGAAGUAUACGGUCAACACAUUGCCCAGAAGGUGGUGACCUCAGCCCUGAAGAAUCACUUUGCCAAAUACAAUGCAAGAAAGCCCCUAGUACUCUCCUUCCAUGGAUGGACUGGAGUUGGAAAAAACUUUGUUACCAGCAUAAUCACAGAGCAUUUCUUCAAGCACAAGACUCACAGCUCAUUCGUUCACAAGUUUAUUGUUCCUGUUCAUUUCCCGCAUGAUUCUGAGAUUGACAAGUACAAUGAACAGUUGCGCAGUUGGAUUCAAGGCAACAUAUCUCAGUGCAGUAAAGGUGGCUUGUUUAUCUUUGACGAAAUGGAUAAAAUUCAUCUUGGCAUGAUGAGUACCAUUAAAGAUAUCAUCUUAGGUUUCCGUGGUAAGGAAGUCGCAGCAGGUUAUCAAAACAUGGUGUUUAUAUUCCUGUCCAAUUCUGGCGGUCAUGCUGUAAAUCAGCAUGUCUUGAAGCAUGCACUUGAUGGGAAACUAAGGCAAUCUUUGAUGCUAAAAGAAAUGGAACUUAUCUUUCAAGGCAUGAUCAAACAAACUCCUGAUGCAUGGUUUGCUGACCUUUUAAAAUCAGACGUUAUUGAUCAUUUAGUUCCAUUUCUACCAUUAGAGAGAACACAUGUUAAACAGUGCAUAAGAAGAGACUUAAUCAUGAAAGGAUUUCAUGUUAGAGAAGCUUUAGUCUCGGAGAUUGCAGAUCAGAUGGAAUAUUUUCCCGAUGGGCAUGGAUUCUUUUCAGUGUCAGGGUGUAAAAAAGUUUCAUCUAGGGUAGAUGUAAUCGUGGGAUAA